AUAUGCCCUAUAAACUUGCUUCUUCGAAUCUCGAAAUAACAUAUAGAAAGUGUUUCUGUGAUGAGACCAUUCUCGAUCGAUAAAUGCGAUAGGAGCCUAUGUGUUUCACGGGCAGCCGGCCAAUAGGGGAAGGUUGUGAAUCCGGCGAACCGACCGCUUUAAGAACGUGAUUGUCUUCUCUCACUCAGUUAUCAAUUGACAAAGAUGACCCAUUCUUUUUCGCCCUAAAAACGACAAUGGUAUGGUACUUUUUCUUCAAAUCGAGAUUGUGUGGGUGUCCGCUCAUGUUCACGUUACAUGCUAAAUCAGGCUUUCCUUGGAAAAACCAAGGACAACCCCUAUCUCAGUCUCCUUUCCUUUCUCUUUUCGGGAGCAGAGCUGAAAAAGAUGGACAGUAACGAUCGCGUAAUAUCAAUUUAUCGGCCUCGUCAUCGAAAGCGGCUUCCAAUUGCUCGGAAAUUCUCAGCUAUAUGGGGGACUUUGAUGGUGAGCAAAAAGAAUUGAUCAAGAAAUUGGUAAACUUUCGCAUGAUCGAUGGUAAAAGAACGAGAGUUCGUGCUAUUGUUUAUAAAACUUUUCACCGCCUAGCUCGAACUGAACGCGAUGUAAUAAAACUUAUGGUUGACGCCGUAGAUAAUAUAAAGCCAAUAUGCGAAGUGGUCAAAGUAGGAGUCGCAGGUACUAUUUAUGAUGUUCCUGGGAUUGUAGCCAGGGAUCGUCAACAAACCUUAGCUAUUCGUUGGAUCCUUGGAGCAGCUUUCAAACGACGUAUAAGCUACAGGAUAAGCUUAGAGAAAUGUUCAUUUGCUGAGAUACUGGAUGCUUACCGAAAGAGGGGAAUUUCACGUAAGAGAAGGGAGAAUCUUCAUGGACUGGCUUCCACCAAUCGGAGUUUCGCGCAUUUCAGAUGGUGGUAAAGUGAUACCACAUAAGGAGCUCUUCCUCAUUCAGUCAUACUCAACAAAAGUAAGAAAUGUUUGACCCGGAUCCUUUUUUCAUCUUCAUAUAGAAAGAAAAUCGGCCUUCCUCAUACUCCCCCCUUCAUUCAUAGAGUUGGAGGAAUCCACAAGAGGCCUGCCCGUUCAUAAUUGCAUAAAAGAACCAUUCUUUUUAUGAAAACUCUUGUUCCAACCUCACCUCAGGUCGAAUGAAUACGAAAGG